UCAUCAUCAAUGCCGACUUUGUGAAGACAGAGGGUGGAGGGGUGUGAGAAACGGUCAAAAAUUACGUCACGUAAAUUGUGCACGACCUCUUAACUAUUAUAAAACGAGAAACGAGAAAGGAAACCACUUUUACAAAAGAAAUUAAAUUAACUAUAAAAGUUUGAAGAAGCUCAGGUUCACAAAUUUUUUGAAUUCAAAGUUCAACUUAUAAUGUGAAAUCUUUGAUUAAAACUAAUAAUACUGCUAAUAAAUUAUUUACAAAAUUUAAGAAUUUCUACUGGGAAAAUGUGCGAAAAAUUAAAGAACGUUAAGUUUUUGACCGAAAAUAUAAUUGGGAUUUUUGUAGCGAUUUUUGUUAUUUUAAGAACUUCUGGUAUUACAUGUUGCACUUUAUGGUCAGCAGUUAUCAUUUUAAAUACAUCACUUGUAAUAAUCCUUGAGCAAUUCAAUUGCAAUCGUUUGAAAAACUUCUUCAAAUUGAGUAACUCACAAAAUUCUGGUUUUGUUUAUGCCAACCUUACAUUACUUUCAGUGGCUGCUAUUCAAACUUCAAAUUGUAGUUUUUAUUUAGAAAAUGUGGAAGAAGCAAGAUUAUUUCAAUUUGCUUUGCAUUUUAUAACAACAAUCAUAUUGAUUGUUUCGAAUUUCAUGGUUUCAACAGCUUUGGUUACAAGUGGUUUAAACGGUGUUUUAGUAAUACUAACAUAUAUAAAUUUUCCAAAAACAGAAUAUAGUAUAUUUAUUGUGUUUGUAUUUAUAUUGGUCAUUGUAAUAUCAUUUGGUAUUUUUGUGUUUAUUUCCGAUAAAAGUUUCACAUUUACAGAAGUUGCAUUCCUUUUUCAAUGUUUUUGGAUAGUUUUCUUCGAUCUUCACCUUAGAUUUUUAAAUGUAAAUAUGUUUUGUCUGGAAAAUAUCAAACUUUCAAUAGUUUUAGAGCUAGCGCUUCUUUUAAUUGCUCCAGUGAUUUUUCUAAUAAUGUCAGAUUGUUUUUUGAUAAUUUUGUGUUUACCUUUUUUGUUGUUAAUGAUGAUAUUUAUCUUAACUUUAUAUUAUGCUAUAUCUCUGCAAAAAAUAAAUUUAGUAUUAAUUAAAACUGUUUUACUUCUUGAAUCAAAGUGGAUUCUGCUUUUGUAUUGGUGUUUUCUUGUAUUUUUUUCUCUUGUUGUUGUUUAUUGGUAUGCCUUGACUGCACAAACCAAUAAAAUACCAAAAACAGUGAUACGGAAAAUUUUUCAUUUUAUUGCACUUUUUAUUUAUUUAUUUGGAUGGUCAGAGUCAGAAUUACUUGCUCUCAUUUCUAGCUUAGUAUUUUAUGCUUUUAUUGUCACAGAGAUUAUGAGGGUUAAAAAAAACACUGUGGGACUUUUUUUGAACAAUUUUUUAGAACCAUUUCGAGAUGAGAAUGACAGUGGUAAGUUUAUUUUAAGUCAUGUCUACCUUAUAUUGGGCUUGUCGUUGCCGUUUUGGUUAACACCAUACUCAAUUUUGCAGAGUAACAGUUUAAAAUCAUUAAGUAUCUUUAGUGGAGUGAUAUCUCUGGGAAUAGGUGAUUCAUUUGCCUCAAUUUUUGGGAGUUUAUAUGGAAAAUCAAAAUGGUCAGGAAGUAAUAAAUCACAUAUUGGAACAUUUUGUUGUUUUUUAUCUCAAUUUUUAUUUUCAAUUAUACUUCUAAAAGGCUUAAGUAUUAAUAUUUCAUUUAUAAGUAUUUGUAUGUUGAGUUUUGUAUGUUUUGUAGUAUCAAUGUUAGAGACUUUUUCUUCUCAAAAUGAUAAUUUGAUUCUUCCAGUUUACAUGUACAUAUUAUUUAUGUUGCUGUAACAUAUUUUUUAUUUAGUAUAAUAUAUAUUUACAUAAACAUAGUAUUUUUAUCUAGUUGAUUG